AUGGAUGAGGACGAGAGCAGCGAAGGUGAAUCGCAGCGAAUUGCGAUUUUCCAGAAACAGGCGAAGCGGCGGUAUAUGAACAAGCACCGAGCACAACAGGAGAGUCUUGCCAGUUUGCCCGGUUACACAUCGCAGGCAGAGGCCGAGGGAACUGCACCACCCAAGUACCCGCCUCCGUCGGCGCUGACCAAAUUCCCGCCUGCUGACAAAUAUCCGACCCCGCUGACGGCUGAAGAGGCUGACGAAGAGCGCGAUGAGGUCGGGGAUGUGGUGCGCAGAGUGAGGCUCAGACGCAAGCGCUCUGGAUCCGACUCGUAUCUCGACUCGUUGUUGGCCAGAAGCGUCCAUGCGCUCGAACUUUCCAACGCACUACUUCAAUCCUCUAUGACGACUCAGUCUUCACUCUCUGCUCUGCUCUCCCGGGAAGAUCAACUCGAUUCGCACGUCCAGCUGCUCUCCAACCAGAUCCAUGCCUCCGAUUCACGCAGAGUGUGGGUAGACGACAUGUCCAAGCAACUCGAUGGCGGCCUUAGUCAGAGUUUGCCCGAUGCCGCUGGUGGGUUCUUGGCUGGUCCAAGUAGUUCUGGUACUCCUGGUCAUAGCGGUCGUCUUCAACAUGGUGACAAACCUCGCUCGCCACCACCUAGAUGUAUGACCGUAUACGCAGACCAUACCCAAGAUCCCGAUUCCAUCCUUAUACCCUCGACUAAUGGCUUGCGCUCCACCGCCCAGAUUCACGGACUCGCUCCCCAUACUCAGAGUCGAAACCACUCGAGGCAGUCUUCGAUGUCUGAAGACGGCACCGCCUUGGGAUGGGGCACCCCUCCUGGUCGAACUUCUUCCGGAAAGAGGAGAUCUAUAUCAGGGGGGAUGUAUGGUAUUGUAACCGCCUCGAGUCCUCAGCUUUCGACCCCGGCACCUAGGAGGUCCAGCGGUCGGAGGAAUUUGUCGGGCGCGAACUUGCCGGCUGAACCAUCGAGUGGGUAUGCAUCCAGUGUCCAGAGUCCAAACGUCCAGACAGGAUUCCCCUCCAAUGUGCAGAGUCCAAAUGUCCAGAUUGCUCAUUCUCCAAAUGUCCAAAUCGCUCAUUCUCCUAGUAUUCAAACCCAAGCUCAAACUACUUCGUCAAAUACAUUCCUCUCAUCGCCCGUCCUCCCCGUUCUAAGCUCCGCCCCUGCCGAACCCUCUACACCCGCUUAUAACUUGUUAUCCGCGAUCGUUACGCGUACCCCCGGGACGACCGAUUCCGAGUCUGAAGGGCGCAGAUUGGGUCCGCCUAGCGAGUCUAGACGUGCGCUUCCAAGCAGACAAAGUAGUCGGCAGGGUAGCACAAGGCAAGACGGCCAAGAUCCUACCCGCCUAACAGUCGACUCGCGCGUACCCAGAAUCGAAUCUCAAAUUAGUCCAGGACUCGACAAACGCCCGCGGCACCUUUCGGAGAACGAUAUAGGUGCGACCAGAGGCAAAGGAGGGUGGGUUGCGCCAAUGAUGCUUGCUGGCCAGAAGCGCGGUGGAGCAGCUACAGAUUCGGAACAUGGCUCGGGCCAGUUGGGAGUGCAAGGGGAAGGAUUGAGAAGGUCUCACAGCGCAAGGGUCAGGGGAGACGUGACACCCCACAGUGGGAUAUCCUCGAGGAGCGGGUCGAAACCUCCUACCCCCAGUCGCACCACUACGAACUCCUCCAUUCCAAACGCACCAAGUCCGAAUAGAGCCGGGUCUGGAUCGAGUUCGAAUCUUGCAGCUUAUGAAUCGAGUUCUAAUCUGGUGGGCUCGAAUUCCGGAGGACCGACUACCAGUCCGAACAGACCAGUCCGGCAUCCAUUCUUAGCAGGCGGUCGCAGACGCUCUAUAUCAACCGAAGACGAGCGCGGCUUACAGCGGUACAGGAGUGCCGACGCACUCCGCAAGAUCUUGGACGAUGCAGCCGCCAAGCGAAAGCUCGAAGAAGAACAACGCGAGCGAGAGAGAGAGGAACAGGCUCGCAAGCAGCAAACAGAGGACGAAACCGAACCAGAAAGAGGUCGAAAGCCAUUGGCGAGGCCUACAUGGAGCGUUAUCCCGAGGCGAGGGACGACCGUGGCUGUCGAGACUGUUGCGCCUGCGGGGACAGUAUCCAUCGAGGGUAUCACGGGUGUCGGCGGUGGUUCCGGUGGCGGGAGUGUGCGAGGGAAAGGUAGUACAAAGGGGGGUCCAAAGGACUUGGAUCCGCUGGUCCUUCCGGGCGAAUUUUGGGGUGGGGAUGUGGCUGAUGAACCCAAUGCUAUCAGUGGCAGUGGGGGGGAUGGGCCAGAUCUCUCCAGACAAAAUACGAUUAUCGCUCCCAGACAAGAUACUCUGACAAGCGCGGGUACGAAGCAAGACGCAUUCACACCCACAACUGCUCGACCCGACUCUCCCACGCGACAGAGGUCCCAGUCGAUGGGCCCUGUUACACGGCUCAGCUCCCUGCUGCCCAAGAUAUCGGUGUUUGGAAAGUCUACUACGUCUGGAGUGGGCGAGCCUCCUCCAAUGGAUAAGGGCAAGGGUAAGGCUGUGGAUCCGGACGAGGUACCUGGCGAUACGUCCAAGACUCCCGUUGCGGCACGUAGCCACGCGGCCCAGUUGAGUCUUCAGUUGAAUGGUGCGCUUAUGGAGCCGGAUGGAGAUACUACUACAAGUGAAUCCGAAACUGAGUCUCAACCUUCCCGAGCCUCUUUAACCCUCCCGGCCCGUCUCUUCAUUGAUUCAACAGACUCGAUAACGCGUCGCCCUUCAUCCCUUCGCCUAUCUGGUUCGCCCCGCCCCUCACUCAGGCAACCCGGGUCGGGAGCCUCGACCCCUCGAUCCGUCACAUUUUCCCCUCUUCCUCCCAAACACAUCCCCUCGGGCGGUCGGCCGCUGUCCGAAGCCAAGACUCGACGCAAGCAGAAAGACAAGGAGAAGGAGAAGGAGAAACCUGGUUGGUUUGCGUCGUGGUUUGGUCCGUUGCCGAGUAGUAGCAGCACUGUGGGAGGCACAAAGUAUAGUUCGAGUCGGAGGGGAUGGGAUAGCCCGAGGAGUAUGGACGACUGGCAGAUGUGA